AAUCUGGUAAACCUGCUAAAUGUUUUCUUGAAAUUGCUGCCAGUAUAUAUAAACAGCUUGAUAUAGUAUCUGUCAAGUCCAGCCAUGCAAGACAAGAUAGAAUAGUUUCCUCAGAUGAUAGAAAAGAUUGUUGUCUAGUUGCAUUGCAAAAAUUGAAAUAA